AUGGGCGGCCUCCUCUCGAGUCUCCCGCCUCUCGAGGCAUCGAUGACUUCUCCCUUCUCGGUCCUCGUGUGCACGCUGUGCUGGGAGCUGCUCUACCAGACGCUCGGCCUCUUCUUCCAGCUCGCGGCGCCUAGGCUCGUGCUGCGCUCGCACUCAAAGGGCUACAGCAGCAUGGCCAACCACGGGCACUCGUACGCCUGCGCCCUCAUCCACGCGGUGGUCGUGACCGCGCGGGGGCUUCAGCACCUCGCCGGCCUCGUGGGCGCGCCGGCGGAGGUGCAGAUGAUGUCGCCGAUGGGGCCGGGCGAGCCGGGGUACGAGCUGGCGCACCCGACGCAGCUGACCAACCUGCUCUUCUUCUCGUGGCUCUGCUACGACAUCUGCCACAUCAUCAGCUGGUACCCGCAGCUCGGCGGCGCAGACACAGUCGCGCACCACGUCGGGUUCGCGAUCGUCUCCGCCAUCCACGGCCUGACGGGCUGCCUGCCGCUGCCCUUCGCCUGGCUCAUCACGACCGAGCUUUCCUCGCCCUUCCUCAACAUCCGCUGGUUCCUCAUCAACAGCGGCCGCGGCGACACGGGCAUGAUGCACGCCACCAACGUCGCCUUUGCCCUCUCCUUCUUCCUCUCGCGCGUGCUGCUCUACGGCGUCGGCGUCGUGCACCUCGCGCUGCACACGCCCCACCUCUUCUCCGCCGCGUUGCGGCCGCGGCUGUCGCCCUACCUCGCCGCGAUCGUCUGCGCGCAGAUCCUCUUUGGCUACGGCCUCAACCUCACUUGGGCGAGCAAGAUUUACAAAAUGGCGACGGCGACGAGGCAGGGCGGCGCCGGCCGGCCCGACGAGCGGGAGCCGCUCAACGCGGCCGACGGGGCGCCUGUCAAGACGCCGAUCAAGGCCAACCUCUCCCCGAACCAGCCCGCGAUGCGGAUGGCGGCGUCCGCGCGGCUGGCAGGUGGCGGUGCGGACGAUGCGGUCGUGCCGACAUUCUGCUUCAAGAUUGAGGCAGUGCUCGGCAUGCGCUUCUGCGAGCCCGAGCAGCUCAUCGCAAAGAAGCGGCGCAACAGGCUGGCUGCUGCCGACAAGGCCGUGUGCUACCUCACGCGAGGCACCUUCAAAGAGGACAGCAAUGACGCUGGAUUCACCGACACGCGCUGGGUGGAGCUCGAGGAGCUGUACGAGAACUGUGGCAAGACGCCACUGAAGAAUGCGCUCAAGAAGUACCGAAAGGCGGAAGAGGAGGAUGUGGAUGCGGCGAUUGCCGACUUUGAGGAGGGCGUCGAGCACGAGGGAUAA